AAUAGAUACGUCUUGCAUGGAAAUAUUCGUCACAGAAAGGUGUAGUCCCUUAAAAAAUGCACGUUGUUCCAGACGUUCUCGCCCCUGCUCUGUAGGACACAAGAAUCUCGCUCCUGCUCUAGAGAACUUAAGUCUGAAACAAGGCCUUAACUAAUAGGUUAUUGAUAAAAUAAAUAUAGGAAAGGAAGAGGCAGGAUAGUGGUAAUCCACUUUCUGUAGUAAAAAUCACAGAAGAGAUUAAAUCUGUUGCAUUUUCCUGUACUCAUUAGAUAUUGCCUUGCUAUCCAAGGCCUUAAAUAUUUUCAUUCAGUUCUUAAAAAAAAAAAAAAAUCACUUUGUACAAGACAUCCUGGGAAACAUAAUCUUACUUCAGCAACAGACAUAGGCAAGUUAGACAAGACUGUUUUACCUUUCAUUCUGUUGGCAAUGGCAAGGAUUUGUCCUAAGCACAGAAGGAAAAUGACUUCUACCUGCUAUGAGCAAGAGUAUGUGUGUCUCAAAAUAGAUCUGUUUUCUCAGCAGCAAAGACUCAAAUAUACAAGUAAACAGACUACUAAAAUAUACAAUCCCUAAAAUAAGUGUGAAAGGCCAGCAGGAAGAGUUUUGCUAGAAUGAAGAAAGCUGUCCAUAUUCCCUCAAGAACACAAAAAGCUUUUGUAUAACUAAAAGCUGUUAAGACUAGGGAAGUACUUCUGUCUUGCUUUCACUAAUCCUACUGUGCGAUGCAGGGUAACCCAAAACAAAUAUCUCGGGGGUGGGGGGGGAAUUCUGAUGCCAGCUCAGUAGCAAAAAUGAGGAGCUUAGGAGGUUCAUUUGUUCCGUGCUCCCUCGGUGGAACAACGCUGGUGCUGGGCGCUUGCGUUGGAUUUAAGCAUUGGUUUCUACUGAUGGUAGUGUGGCCACGCUGCGUUCAUCAACCUACUGUACUUGAGCAGACAUAGCUUCUGCACGGCAGUGCUCCAUAGUUGCUGGCUCUCUUCUCAGCCUCGAGGCCUUGGCCUCACUAGCCUAGUUUUCUUAGCUGUGCAACAUGUGGUUGCACUAAGUCAGGCAAAGUUUUCUCUUUCUCCUUCAGUCUGCUAGAGAAGCUUACCUUAGUUUCAGUUGAUUACUGACAGGAAUCAUAAUUGUGUGACACCAAGUAACACCGCAAAACAUGUAACAAGUUAAUUUUGUGCUGAACGCUUUAGAGUCCGAGCUUGCUAUAAUCCCUCUCAGUUUUCAGGAAAAACUAAUGCAUCUUUGUUUGAACAUUUGUGUAGGUGUGUAUGCUUUGCUCAGUAGGAUAUCACCUUUUUUGUUGUCAUCGCUCAGAGAAAACCAGCCGGCGAUGGAUGGCAUUAGAUUAUGCAGGAAUUUCCAUUGGUAUCCUGGGCUGCUAUGUAUCAGGCGUGUUUUAUGCCUUUUAUUGCAAUAACUACUGGCGUCAGGUAUAUUUAAUCACUGUGCUGGCAAUGAUCUUGGCAGUAUUUUUUGCUCAGAUUCAUCCCAGUUACCUUACGCAACAGUGGCACAGGCUGCGCUCCGUCAUCUUUUGCUCAGUGUCUGGAUAUGGAAUUAUUCCUACAGUCCACUGGGUUUGGCUCAAUGGAGGGAUUGGUGCGUCUAUUGUACAGGAGUUUGCUCCACGUGUGGUUGUCAUGUACUUCAUUGCUGCAGUAGCUUUUCUCUUCUAUAUUUCCAAAGUUCCAGAACGAUACUUCCCAGGACAGUUGAACUACCUCGGAUCUAGUCACCAAGUAUGGCAUAUCCUUGCAGUAGUGAUGUUGUAUUGGUGGCAUCAAUCUACAGUUUAUAUCAUGCAAUACAGACACAGCAAGCCCUGUCCUGAGUAUAGCAUGGAUGUGUGACUGAAGAGGCAUCUCACUGCGAUGAAAUUUCUAAUUAUGAGGAUCUGGACCUCGCCUAAAUGCUGAACUAUGAAGUUAAGCACUGAGGCGGUUCCUCUCCAGCUUCAUGACUGUUUCCCCACUUGCUGGGAUGUACGUUACCAGGAGUUUUGAAGAAAACAACGAUGCCCAGGUCUGAGAUUAAGUUCCUUUAAAAUCAUUUCCUUUUCUGCAGUGAAGUACAGCUCUUCCCAGAGCGGGUGAUGAAAAGGUGGGCCACAUAAGAAAGCGUAUGGAUCACUGUAUUCCUUUCCUGAUGGUAAGCAUGAACAACAGAAGUAAGUGCUCUUGAUGAGCUAACAGACCUUGUACCAGUUCAGCGAUUUGCAGGUUUUGGUUCAAGUGAAAAACGAAGGGAAAAACGAAGCUCCUAACAGCAUUCUUUUAGAACCAUGAUCAACUGUUGGACCUGGUCUUGGCUCUAAAUCACGUUGAUAGUGUGCUGCAUCUUCCAGAGUCAUUGUCUGAGUGAUGUGCUUAUGCUUUAACAUCAGUACAGUAGUGUAUAAAAUGGAAUUCAGUGGAGUCUUGGACUUUUCUAGAAAAGCUUUUUUUCCUUGUUUUUGGAAGAUGACAGCAGAUGUCAUCCACCAUAGCUUGCUUGAUUAUAAAUCUUCAUAACAGCUCCCCCAAUACGGACCGUGCCAUUACUUCAGCAGUUUUUUCAAACACCUAGAUCCCUUAGGUGCCUGUAAAAGUACUAUUCUGAAAUAUUCUGAGGGUAGCAGUGUUCAAGUUCUGUGCGCUCUUACAAUCAGCAGGCAGUUGCAAAGAAAUAUUUUGAAGAGUUUCUUUUUUUCUCUUACAGAUAUAAAUAAUACACCUUAUUUGAGUAGUGAUACUGCUGUGGGUUCAAAUCACUAAACUGGGCCUUCUAUUACAUGGUAUAUUAUGCCGUACUUCCAGCACUUGCUUACUGGAAAAAGACUUAUUGCCAUAAGUUUUUCCACAGUAAAAAAUAAUUGCCUUGGGUUUUAUGAUCUGUAGUUAAACCAUGCUUUGUAAUAGGAACGCUAGGGAGACUUGAAACAUGCAGGUUUUUAGAUAGCUGUGACUCAGCAUGAUUUAGCUCGAUGGCCGCCGGUUUUCCAAACUGGAUUGGAAGUCUUCAGAUUUCUUGAUUAGAAUCAACACUUUUAAGUGGCUUGUGUACAACAGCUGCUUGCAUUUACAGUUCGGUUGAGCAGUGGUAGCAAAUGCUGCUGCAUAGCAUGAUCGAGUGUCAGUCAGCAUUAGUCUGUCAUUUUUCCUCUGCAUGCAUCACGCUGCUGUCCAUUCUUAAGCCAAAACGGUUACGAUCUGGGACCAGAACAGUUUAAAGACGCAACUGGAUCAGCAUGAAUACUGUCAGAAAGCAGGUGAACCUGUUACUGUUUCUGCUACAGCUACAGGCAGAAACGUUCUGUUCUGGCAUUAUCAUAAGAUGGUAUAGCUGACUUCACUAGAAGUCCACAUGGACUCUGCAAUGUGGCCUUUGGAAACGUACAAACAUCUUCUUUCUUACUGUGUGAUAAGCUGACAACAGUCAGCCUAAAACAAACUGAUGGUAGCAUUUUGCGAUUUUGAAACAAGCUGUCUUACGACAUAAGGCCAAGGAAGAGAUGACAUAGCCUAGCUUUGGGCUAGGAAAACCUUAGGCAACAAUACUAAAAGCUGCAUAACACACAAGAAAACCUGUCAGCCUUGUCUCUCCUCUGAUGUUGCCUUUUCCUCUCAGAGGGGAUGUCUUCCCUGAAUGGCUUUUAGCUAACCAAUAGUGACAGCAUCGCACAUUUCUCCCUUCAGUACUUGCCUGCGAGCCCUGCCAGUGCAGCAGGACCAUCACAGCAUCUUUCAGGGGGAAGGGACUGCAGUGGGCCACUAGUCCAGCCUCCUGCUCAGCUGCUCCAGCACCAAGUUCAGCUGGGGUAGCGCGGGGCUCGCUCCAGUCGGACCUUGGAAAACUUCUGAGAAAGGAGACGGCACAGCCUCUUCAGGCCCCGUGGUAGCGAGCCCUUCUCCUCGCACGUAGUCAGUACUGCGCCUGCUUCAGCUUGCACCCACAGACUUAAUCCUCUGGCCAUGCCUCUCCAUGCAGAGCAGGCUGCUAUUAGGUCCUCCUAAGCUGCCCCCACCUCCCUGUCAUGGCUAAAGAGGCCCAGCUCCCUCAGCCUUUUCUUGUAGGGCAUGUGCUCUGGCCCUCUUGGUGGCUGUAUGACCCGAGAGAUGAUGUCGAGAGAAUAGCAAUAGGAACUGAACAGUAAAGCAUGUCAACAUUCAUCUGAGAUGGAAAAUUUAGGGCACUAACUCCUGUACUGGUAGGCUGGCAUUUGUUAAGAGAGGAUAGUGUUAAUGGGAGAUGAAGUUCAUCAGCACAGUGUUUUUCUCAACUCCAAAAACACUUCAUGGCAAGAACUGACUUGGUAUUUAGAAUUUAACUCCCAGGCCUUUGAGCUUUUCCCUGUGAACACUGAACUUUUUUUUUUUUUUUUUUUUUAAACUUGACAGCCAAGCAAGUUUCACGUGCACUAAUGACUACUACUGAAGCCUAACAAGGAACCUGCAAGUAAAAAAGCCUGUUUCCAGUGUUAUGUGAACAACAAUAUUUGAACAAUGUGUGAUUGUGUCUUGAGAGUAUAUUGAUUUUAUAGUUUGCUAGGAUUUUGUGUAAACUCUAACUACUGUAGCAGUUUUCAUUGGAUAAGGAAACUGAUUGACGAGUUGUACAUUUUUAUUACUCUGAUAAAUUUUAUCAAGCUGCAUGACACUGAUUUAUGUAAAUAUUGAACCUGUAAAUAAAUUUCUGUUCAUUGGAUGUGAA